AUGCUGUGGACCGCUGGUCUCUGCCUCCUCUGGGGGGCCUCGUGCACACUAGGGGCCCCCGUGAGCGAGCCGAGGCAGAAGGUGCUGCUGGUCUCCUUCGACGGUUUCCGAUGGGAUUACGACCGCGAUGUGGACACGCCAAACUUGGACAGAAUGGUUGAGGAUGGAGUCAAGGCCCAGUACGUCACGCCCCCCUACCUGACCAUCACCAGCCCCACACACUUCACCCUCCUGACAGGCCGCUACAUCGAGAACCACGGCGUGAUCCACAACAUGUGGUUCAACACCACCAGCACGGAGAAGAAACCCUACUAUCAGACUCAGUUUGUCAACGACUGGUGGGACAACGGCACUCUGCCCAUCUGGAUCACAGCUCAGAAACAGGGUCUGAAGGCUGGUUCUCUUCACUUCCCUGGCACCGCCUCCAGCUACCAGGGACAGGUUGCCAUGAUGCGCGAAGUAGAGCCGCUGCUCUACAACUACAAAAACGAGACGGCUUGGCGAGAGAACGCCGACAAGGUGAUGGGCUGGUUCCGAGACCAGGAUCUGGACUUUGUGUCCCUGUACUUUGGCGAGCCGGACGGCACGGGCCACAGGUACGGGCCUGACUCUCCACAGCGACGAGACAUGGUCAAGCAAGUGGAUCGGACCGUGGGAUACAUCCGGCGCUCGGUUGAAGAACACGGUUUGAGCGAGCGCUUGAACAUCAUCAUCACGUCCGACCACGGCAUGACCACGGUCUACCGCAACGGUUUGGUGGAGGAGAUCAAACUCUCCAAGAUUCCGGGCUUCUCCUUCCGGGAUGUGUCCUUCCACCUGGUAGAUUUCGGGCCCUCUGGGAUGCUUCUACCAAAGCCGGGCAAGCUGGAGAAGGUUUACAAAGCCCUAAAGGGGGCGCACCCUCACCUCCAUGUCUACAAGAAGGAGGAGAUGCCAGAACGCCUCCACUUUGCCAAGAACGAUCGCAUCCUGCCCAUCAUUUUGUUGGCGGACGCUGGCUAUGUGAUCAACGGGUACUUCCCUGUCCAGUUCAACAAGGGCGAGCACGGCUUUGACAACCAAGAGAUGGACAUGAAGCCCUUCUUCAGGGCGGUGGGACCUGCUUUCCACAAGAACCUGCAGGUGGGGCCUUUUGAAACGGUCCACAUCUACUCGCUGAUGUGUCACAUCCUGGGCAUCCAGCCCGAGGGCAACGACGGACACCUGGACGCCACCAAGCACAUGCUGGUGACCAGCGCCAGGGUGCAGGAUGAAGGUGAGGGUGUAAAUUUCUUACAGAACGGCGUCAUUGGAAUGGCUGCAACGGCUGGAUUUCUGCUCAUCGUCUUUGUUGUGAUAACAACACACAAAUUAGUCAGCAACGGACGACAUAAAAGAUCAGAUACUUUCACACAUCCUCCAGAGAACACCAAACAAUCUUCAUUUUAAACCCAAACAGACUUGGAC